UCUUUCUUUACAUUUACUUCUUUUGUUUUGCUCUGUCAGUUUGUUUUGAUCUGAUCGGGAAAAAACACGAAUUCUACCAACAUCUUUGUCAUUGCGUAGUCAGCCAUCACAGUCCGAUUGAAUUUUCACGACGAUCAUCAGUCUAUCGUUAGCCACUCUGUGACCGUGAACAUGACGAACGAUUUGGAAGAAGAGAAUUAUGUGAUUCAAAUUCGUGCCAAACUCAACCAGCAGAAUGUGAAACUGUGGCAACUUCCAUACUAUAAUUCCCUAACCCGUGAGUACAACCAGCCAAAAAUUGAGAAACUGGCGAACUCAUUCCACGAGAAUCUGAAUAUUGCACUGGAAGACUGCUUGAGAACCAUUCGAAAGCUGCAGCAAAAUGCUUUAGAUAAACUUAACAGCAAGGACGAAUUCCUGAAAACUGGCGUGGCGACACUGAAGAUUCGAGCGCCCAGACAAGGUGCUGCUACUGAACUCUUUGAAGUGAAAAUAAAAACCUCCACCAGUGUACAGGAACUGAUGGUGAAGGUAGCACAAAGACUGGAAGUGGAUAUUCAAAGAAUAAAACUUGUGUGCACUGGUAAAGUGUUGCGUAGUGAACGGACGCUUUCCGAGCAGAAUGUCUCAAAUGGAUCCAUCAUUAUGGCCCUGGUCAUGGCUCAGACCGUAGACGACAUCCAGAAAGAGAAUAACGCAAUCGACCGCGUUCGUAGGAUACGAGCCGAUGCGGAGCUGAUUAUCAACGAUAAUGAACGAUCUGAUUUUCUGAGCUUAGAGGAUCAGGAUGGAAAUGCAUUGCAUCUACCUCAACACGAGAAGAAGGCGCUUCUGAUGGCACUGACUCUCAACGAGAAAGGAAAAGCAGCUUUGCGCAAAAAUAAUUUCGAAGAAGCUUUGCUGCUUUUUCUCGAGGCUGAUAGUGACUUCCGUAUGUGCAAUUCACAAUUUCUAACAGUGGUUGAUAAUUAUGCCUUGCUCAACCUCGAUAUUGUUUGGUGCUAUCUUUGUUUGAAGAAUCUUAACCAGUUGCCAGAUGCAGAGCAACGAAUACAUCUGGCUGAGAAAAAAUUACGCCAAAGUUAUGGCGACAAUUUGAACCGCGUCACUGCCAUUAAAGGAAAUCUGCAAUGCAACGAGAAAGCACUGCUUGCCAGACUUCAUCUGCUGAAAGCCGUCCUAUACUUCCACCAAAACAAACGCGAUGAUGCCAAAAUGAUGUUUAAAGUGGUUGAAACUGAGUUGCAGUCGCUGAAAAUAGACGAUCAAUGUUUGUCAACCCUGCUGGAGUGUGGUUUCGAAUUGUCCGAAUCUAGAAUAGCUCUACGAGCCACUUGCAAUUGCGUUGAAGCAGCAAUUGAAUUUAUCAACAAUCGAAGACAGAUGGUUGCUGAUAAUUCGAGCAAAUCGAAGCGCGAAAAACAGCUCUACAAAAACAUUGGCUAUAACAAUCCCGAUGGUAAUCGCAUCAAUAUGGAGCGACUGGAUCAGCUUGUCGAAAUGGGUUACAACGAAUCGUUGGCUGCAAUUGCUUUGAAAAAAGCAGGAAACGAUCUAAUGAAUGCCCUGAAUGAGCUUCAAACUAACGAAGCCGAUUUGAAACGUGAAUUGAUCGAUGCAACAAUCCCACCCAAAAAAUUGAUAGCCAAACUUGCCGAUCUGGGAUUUAAGAAGGAUGCGGCUCAAGCCGCUCUGAAGCAAACAAUAAAUAACUAUGAGGAGGCAGUCGAACUCCUCAUCAACGCUCGGAGAAGCGAAGAAAAUGAUACACCGGAUAGCCCAGUUGACGAACAAUCGCCGAGUACUUCUUCCUCUACUCGAAGCAUGACAACGGAUGAAACCAGUGGUGGCGAGUCGGAUGAAUGUCCGAAUUCUUUGUCGCCGGCGUGCAAAAGAUCAAAAUCCUCGCAGGACACGAAGGCCGAGAUGAUGGAAAUACUGUAUCAAAGUUUUUCGAAGGACAUGGAUACAAAUAGUGACACCUAUUUGGAUGUGCCACUAAUUGAAGAAGCGAAUAUUCUGAACGAAUAUAAAAAAAUGUUGAACAUGGAAUAGGGAAAAACAUAAAAGCUAACAACAUAGUGCCAUUAAAGAUUAGGCGACCUGGUGUGAAAUGUUGUAGAUUUGAAGAUUUUAUGUUGACCCUAUGAUCCUCUGUAGCCGAUCAUUGUUUUAAUUAUUUUAUUUUGGAGAUGAUGUUUAUUAUAUUUUUAUACCAGUGUCCGUGAAUCAAAAUUUACAACAAAAUUAUAUAUUACUCAUAAUAAAAGAUUUUUAUCGAAACA